GGUGCCUUUGGUCUCCACAAAGGCACUCAUCCUCUCUCAUCACGGCUCCCCAGGCCGUGACUGACAAAGAUUUCUGCGCGCGCAAGCCCCCUCACAUCAUCAACACCAUCCCUCCUCCCGCCGCUUGGUCACUCUAAGCGCCUCGACGACUUCUUGCUCUUCGACGUGCCGCCUCGUCACCAGACACCGCCUCCGUCGUUGGACGACACCCAUCAGCUGCCGCAUAGGAGGAGUUCUGCGGUUCUUCCUCUCGCCGAGGAAGAGUCGAGGAGGCCUCGCCAGAUCACUGAGGGAACAGUCUGCUAUCGCUUUCGACCACCCUAACAACCGCUUGGCUAUUUAGCUGCACAGUUCCUCGUUUCUUCAGAGUCAACGUCCCCCCCGUCAACCUCCUGGGAUAUGGUUAUGGCAACAGCUGUCCUCGACAACUACGUCCAAAAUGUCUUCCAUAAUCACGUUGUGAAGAAGAAGCCCCAGUAUCUGGGUGCUCUUCAGAACAAUGUUGCUGUUGAUCCGAAGCAACUGAUCGGUGAGGCCUUCCACCAGCGUGUGGGGGCCGUCAACCAUGAGCUCUGCGAUCCCGGUGAAGAAGACACCUUCUUCGUCGCAGACCUCGGCGAGGUUUACCGCCAGCACCUCCGCUGGAAGAAGAACCUGCCCCGCGUCAAGCCCUUCUACGCCGUCAAGUGCAACCCCGAUCCCAAGGUGCUCCAGCUCCUUGCUGCACUCGGCACCGGCUUUGACUGCGCCUCCAAGGGAGAGAUUGAACAGGUCCUGGGCCUCGGUGUCAGCCCCGACCACAUCAUCUACGCCCAACCCUGCAAGACCAACUCCUAUGUCCGCUACGUCAAGUCGGUUGGUGUCAAGCAGAUGACCUUUGACAACGCUGAUGAGCUCCACAAGAUCGCCAAGCUCUUCCCUGGCGCCGAGCUCUUCCUCCGCAUCAUGACCGACGACACCUCCAGCUUGUGCCGCCUCAGCAUGAAGUUUGGCGCCCCCAUGGACACUACCGAGAGCCUCCUUGCCCUUGCCAAGGAGCUGGGACUCAACGUUGUCGGUGUGAGCUUCCACGUGGGAUCCGGCGCCUCCGAUCCCGCAGCCUUCCGCAAGGCCGUCGUCGACGCGCACACCGUCUUCCAGCAGGCCCUCACCUAUGGUUUCCAUCUGCGCGUCCUCGAUGUCGGCGGUGGCUUCUGCGGGGAGACCUUUGAGACCAUGGCUGGCGUUCUCGACGACGCCCUGGCCGAGUACUUCCCCUCCGGCUGCGGCGUUGACAUCAUUGCUGAGCCCGGCCGCUUCUACGUGGCCACCGCCUUCACCAUUGCCUGCAACAUCAUCGCUCGCCGCACCGUCGACGAUCCCGCGGCCAAGACCACCAGCUACAUGGCUUACAUCAACGACGGCGUCUACGGCAACUUCUCGAGCAUCAUGUUCGACCACCAGCACCCCGUUGCCAAGAUCCUCCACGCCGGUGGCCAGACCCUCUACAACACCUACGCCGCCGAGCCGGCCCCGGGUGACGAGGGCAUCGAGUACUCCAUCUGGGGUCCCACCUGCGAUGGCAUCGAUCUCAUUAGCCAGAGCACUCGCUUCAACCGCAUCCUCGACGUUGGCGACUGGCUCUACUUUGAGAACAUGGGAGCCUACACCAAGUGCUCCGCCACCCAGUUCAAUGGGUUCCCCAACGCCCACGACACCAUCUACGUCUACAGUGAGUCUGGCGCCAAGGCUCUCUUGGACCUCUAGAUGGUACAAUGUGUCACGUCGACACAUGCCCUUUGCAUGUACCUGAACAACAAAAAAAAGGAGAGAUGGAAUGGUGGGAGCGGAUUA